GGAACGUACCUAAAUUCCUCCCCUCAGUGCGUCGCCGGCUCUCGAGGUCGACGCCGCGUCGCCCAUAACCUCAAACGCGGUUCAACGCACUGCGCGACAAACAAAGAGUAUUGAACGAAUCAGUGAAUGAACGUAUAGUGUUGACAAAUGGAAACUGGAUAAAUUGAACUACCUACUACUGCCGAGAUGUGGAGCUGCGUGGAAAGCAGCGCCGGCAGCGGAGUGGCGCCGUGCGCACGCGGCAAACACUCUGCUACUUUGCUCGGAGGAUAUGUCUACGUUCUGGGGGGCAGGGGAGCGGGGGGCUCCGUGCCGCUGAGAGACUUCUGGAGGUACUGUCUUGCGACAGGCGAGUGGCAGCGGCUGGAGUGCCGAGGUGAGCCCCCACCCGCGCUGCAGGAGCACAGCGUGACGGCGCACGAGGGGCGUCUCUACGUGUUCGGCGGCGAGAGCGCGCUGGCCAACGACACGCCGCUGUGGAUAUACGACACUGAGAGCCAAGUCUGGCGCAAACUGCCCGGCCACGGCAGUUUUACGGCAAUCCUGCGCCGACGCGGGCCGCGGGAGCCGCGGGGGGCGGGGGCCGGGCCGCGCGGGAGGAGGGGACAUUCCGCACACACGUUGAAGGACUGCCUGCUCAUAUAUGGAGGGUACAAGGACUUGAGGGGGUCUACGAACGAGCUCUGGGCGUUUCACUACGAAUCAGAAAGCUGGCAGCAGGUGCGCACGGCCAGCGCCGGUCCGGCGCGGCACCGGCACGCCGCAGCUCUGCACGACAACCGGCUGUACGUGCACGGCGGACAGUGCGACCUCAGGGAGAGCGCUGAUCUCUGGCAUUAUGAUACUAUAUCCAGAGUGUGGUCUCAAGUCCGGUCCCCCGCUAAGCUGUCCCCGAGCGCUCGCAGCGGUCACGCGGGGCUGCGCGCUGGGGCACACUUCUACAUCUUCGGAGGAGAGGCCAACGGGCAUCCUACCAAUGAGCUUUGGAGGUUCCACUUCGCAACUGAAACGUGGGAGCGAAUAAUCCAAGGCAUAAAAUGGCCAUCACCACGAGUUGACUCCUGUGUGCUGCUAGUACCAGCCAGAUUGAGAUCUGCCGGCGGGGAUGGGGUACGGGAUUGUAACGGGGGAGGAGAGACGGGCGCGGGGAGAGGCGAAAGUCCUGCCGGCUUCAUGAGAGAAAUCUCCAAACUUUCUUCCGUCCACAUUCGACGCGCAGCGCGGUGCUCCUACAGCGUAUUGGCCGCAGAAAGAGAUUCUACCGAAAGUCUAGUCCGACAUGAAGCAGCUUUGGCCAAAUCACAUUCAGCAUAUGCCAUCGAUGAGCGACAGCCGGCCGACGGGGGCGACAGUCCACGAGAAGGUGAUAUCCCAGACAAUUGCGAAGUCGCCCGAGAACCGAUCUCUGUCCCAAACUUCGCAGAUAUGGUGCUUCCUACACCAGUCCUGUCGCCAAUUGAAGCUGCGAAGUUGGUCUAUUUGGACUCUGAGGAGGAAGAAGAGGCAAAACGCGAGACGGCCCGACGUCGGAAGGCUCGAGCCUUCCCGAAAUCUGCUUCUGUACGAUUCACAAGAGAGACUGCGACAGUUAUUACUCGCGAAGACGAUACAGAGCUAUCAACAUCAGAUUACGCUAGCGCUGAGCGUGUGAAUAGACUUUCAGGAGCAUCUUUGGGCUUCAGUAAUCCUCACUAUUUAGGACCUGAUGUCAGAGCUUUGGGGAUAGCCUUGACCCCAGAUUCGGGGCUAGGUCCAGCGAUGGAAAUGCAAGAGAUGAGGUCUACGGGCGCGAAGAGAGAUUCACGUUUGCAUCUGCUUCUGGUCGGCGGGAAGGAACCGCCACACCGCGCGUUGUUGCAGAGUCCUCUAUCCAUGUGGACUUAUCGACUUCUCUAGACCCAUAUUUUCGUCCAUUAGCAGUAGAAUAGGCCUUUCAGGAAUUAUAUUUAGAUUUAGGGACAUUUGAAAAUUGUAUUUAGAUAGAUGUCCAUAACGGGCAGAAAUUGAAAAAAGUUAGGAAUGAGCAGAGUUUAUAGACUCAGUUUUUAGAUUAGGCAAGUGUGAUGAAAGAAAUAUACGAAAUAUAUCAUUAUGGAUCACUGAGAUGAGAAGUUUCUUGAAAUAACAUAAUAAUUACAUAAUGUUACAUACUUAUGAGAAGUUUCCUUUUCAUGAAAAUGAGGUUUGGUUUGAACAGACAGAAUCAUUGUGACGUCCACUAUAGCGUAAGGAAAGACCGGGUACAACAAUGUGCCAACUCCAGUAUUUUAAAUUUUUGAUAUAAUUACCUCUUAUUACAAUUUUUAAGUUUUGUUUUUAAGUGUUAAAGUUGUGGUUGUAUGUUAAUUUUUCUUUUAGUGUUAAGUGUUUGUUAUUAUUUUAUAUUGCGUACAAAUUUCUUCUAGCCAUUAUAGGUUUCUAGCCUAAUCUGCGUGUACUGAGAGAAGUGGUCGUAUGACCGCUGUGCACAUCUAAUACCGCAACACAGAUUGCAUGAAUAGUAUCUAAAAUUAUCGAAAUUAUAUGCAAUUCCAUAAAAUAAAUGCUUAUGUACGCACGAACCUUUAUAAAACUGCGUUUUCACAUCACUGUUAUGUUUUAAACAAUUUGUUUUUGUUUAUUAAGUAAAAUAUUUUUCGUUGCCAUAAGUUUUCUACAAUAUGUACUGUAAUAAAAUACUCUCGUAGUAUGUCAGAAUGGAACAUUCCAGAUGUUAUUAAAUGUAGUAACGUCCAACACUGCAUUUUAUUUUGCUUCUCCAUCCCUUAUGCCAUUUCAGUUGGGCUGGGGCUCCUCGUACAACUGCGCCAGAGAACUCUGCUUCUGAUGGGGUCCACAUUCGGCCUCUGGAUCUCUUUGUAAAUAUUGGCCCUACAGGUGGAAGGGUGUUCUUUGGAUUUGGUAUUUCGAGCUGU